CUGAGACUCAGCUGGGUUUCUCCACUUCAGAAGACCAAGGAGGAGUGAGGCCGGAUCAGGUGACUUUGAGAGCUGAGGCUAUGACAUCCAGCCAAAAGGAAGAGGUGAUGGGUAACCUGCCUGGCCAAAUGCUUGAUGCAGGUAAUGAAGACCAGCAGAAGCUGAUUCAAGCACCUGAGGACCACCUUUGUUCUUCCAACACCCAUGUACAUGAGGCAGAGCCAGAUAUCCCAGCUUGCAAUCCAAUGGAAUCCCCUCAGGUGGUGGAGAAGGACAGCCCAGUGCAGCACAGCAUCCCAGACUCCCGUGUGCAUUCUUACCCGGACAUGCUGCAACAGCUGAGGAAAUGUAGCUCUGAAGAGGAGGGCUUGGAGAAAGACAAGUCAAGUCUGUGCAAGGACCUGGAAGGGGAAGAACAGCAGACUGAACCAAAGAUGCGGAAGAUGGAAAACCCAGAAUGGGAACAGGUCAGAAGUGAAAAUCCUGAAGAACCACAUGAAGACCAAAGAGAUAACAGUGAAGAGCAGGAAGGGAACAUGGAAGAAACGUACAAUAAAACACAGCUGGCAGAAAAGGAAGACAACCUGCAAGAUAAUGUGACUGCAGGCAAAGGCUCCAGCAGCAGCAAGCCGAAGGAGCUGCGCAUCAUCCUGGUGGGGAAGAGUGGAGCGGGGCGAAGUGCCACUGGGAACACCCUCCUUGGGGAAAUGGUCUUCGAGUCCCGCCUGGCAGCCAAGCCCGUAACAAUGACCUGUGCCCAGGGGAGCAGGAUGUGGCAAGGGAUGCGUGUGGUGGUCCAGGACACGCCGGCCAUUUUUGAUGAGUUGCUUCAGGACGAGCGCAUGACCCAAGAGAAGAGGCGCUGCCUCGAGUUCUCCCAGGAACCCUGUGCGCUAGUGCUGGUGACCCAGGUGGGCCGGUACACGGAGGAGGACCAGGAGGUGGAGAAGGGGCUGCAGCAGGUUUUUGGAAAGGAGGCCAUGAAGCACAUGAUGGUCCUGUUCACCCGGAAGGAAGACUUGGGGGAUGGCACCCUGCAAACGUACGUCAUGAAUACCAAAAACAGAGCUCUCCAGAGACUGAUUGAGACAUGCAAGCAGCGAUACUGUGCUGUGAACAACAACGAAACAGGGCCAGAACGGGAUGCCCAAGUUGAUGAGGUGCUAAAACUGGCUCUGGCAACAAUGCAUGGUGAGGGGGACCAGAGGCACAGGACAGGCUGGAAAUAUAUUUUCUGUUGUAGCACAUGUAUUUGAAUUCUCACUGGGCUUACAAUGAAAUAAAGAAAUUUCAUUACUCUGAGCCAGUUCUCAGGAGCAGCA